AAAUUCAAAUUUCCCGCAGUUGCGUUCAGCGCGCCGCAGCGACAAUGGAUUUCGAGUCUGGUCGCUCUAUAUUCAGUGGCCGAGACGCGGAGUGGGAGUGUGUCAGCCUAGAUGCUGUGAUGGAUGAAGUUUCGUCAAAGGAGCACAGAAGUGGGGACAGUGGAGGGACAAUAACGUGUGCAGGUUGCCUCAAUGCCAUCGACGAGGACGAAUUCAUACAGGCACUAAACCAAGAAUGGCAUAUCGAUUGUUUCCGGUGCUCGGCAUGCGAUAUCGGUCUCUCCUCGUGGUACUUUGAGAAAGAUGGCUUACUUUUUUGUAAGGAUGACUAUUGGGCUGCUUAUGGGGAAGCCUGCCAAGGCUGUGGCCAUAUCAUCACGGGCCCUGUCAUGCUGGCAGGCGAUCACAAAUUUCACCCAGAAUGUUUUGCCUGUAACUCUUGCGGAGCUUUCAUCGGGGAUGGGGAAAGUUAUGCCCUAGUCGAGAGGUCCAAACUCUAUUGCGGGUGUUGUUAUAAAAGGCAGAUGCAGCCAAUCAACAGGACAGCUAAUUAUCCGUUCGCUAGAAAGCCGCAUAGCAUCAGAUUGGUGGAAAUACCGCCGAACCCUUCCGAUCCCGAGAAACAAAGAGGAAUCAAACUGACAAUAGACUCGACUCCUAGUCCUCGAAAUUGUGGUGCUUUGCUACGUAUAUCUGAGUUAAUGAGAAAUGUUCGUGGAAAGAUCAGUAAGCUGCUGGCCUCUGUGAUGGAGGUCCUAUUUAGGCUAUGCUGCCACUUCUCUAAUCAUAGACUGAACAUGUCCAGUGAUCUCAUAUCUUUACACAUUGGCGAUCGAAUACUUGAAGUGAACGGCACACCAGUCAAGGAUCAGCCUAUAGAGAAUAUUGAAAAUCUUAUACAAUAUUCGGAUACAGUUCUGCAGUUGACCAUCGAGCAUGAUCCCGAUGCAGUGUCGCGACGACCAACGUAUUCCUCGCCGUCCGCGGCGAUGUUGACAUCGAUUGGGAGCCCAAGAACAAGCCCGGAAAACAAGGAACGAUUGUUCAAACGUCGAGACGAAGGGUAUAUCAGUGGCACUCGAAGCAGACAAUUGCGAAGAACGAGAGAUCCUUUGCACAAAGAGCGUAGCAGUUCCAUGUCGCGACUGCUUGAUGGAUCUGCCCCGACAAAUGCUACAUGUGACCUGAGCAGGACUAGAUCCUUUCGAGUUGAGCCAAAGAAUCAAAGGAUAUUCCGUGCUAGUGAUCUAGUGAAGGGUGAACUCCUGGGUACAGGAUUCUUCGGGCAAGUGUUCAAAGUCACGCACAGGGAUACCAACGAAGUCAUGGUGCUAAAGGAGUUGUACAGAGUGGACGAAGAAGCCCAAAAGAAUUUUUUGAAAGAGGUUGCCGUGUUACGUUCGUUACACCAUAACAAUGUCCUCCGAUUCAUCGGCGUUCUCUACAAAGAUAAAAAGCUACACUUGGUCACCGAAUACAUAUCAGGUGGAACUCUGAGAGCUCUGCUGCACAACACGAACGAGACCUUGCCAUGGGAACAGCGAACGUCGUUCGCCAAAGAUAUCGCCGCUGGUAUGGCUUAUCUACAUUCCAUGAAUAUCAUUCACCGUGAUUUGAAUUCGCACAACUGUCUCGUGCGGGAGGACAAGACCGUGGUAGUCGCUGAUUUCGGUUUAGCUAGGAUAAUACAAAACGGCAAUUCCCCCGACAGUCGUAAAUACAACAAACAUUCCGACGGGGAGCCGAGAACGUCGAAGAAGGAGCGAAAGAAACGCUACACCGUUGUAGGGAAUCCAUAUUGGAUGGCUCCUGAGAUGAUGAAGGGUAACAAGUACGACGAGAAAGUCGACAUAUUCAGCUUCGGUAUCGUCCUCUGCGAGAUUAUAGGACGCGUCCAAGCCGAUCCUGAUUACUUACCAAGGUCCUCCGACUUUGGUUUGAACCAGAACGUCUUUAAAGAGAAAUUUUGUGCCAAUUGCCCGGAAAUGUUCUAUAGAAUCGCUUUCCUCUGUUGUGACCUGAACCCAGAUAAAAGGCCGCCCUUUGAGUUGAUGCAGGUUUGGCUGGAGGGAUUGGCGAUGCACUUAUCGGUGGGCGCUGACUUGCCACUGGAUUUGGAGUUCGAUAUCAGAAAUUACACGGGCCCUAGCACGAGCACCAGCGAGUCCACGACUCCAGAGACUCUCGCGCCCCAAUUGAAGCCUAUCAAGGAAGGCCAGGUGCAUCAGGAAAAGAAAAGGUGCAUCGGUUGCCAAGACAGCACGCUGGAGCGCGAAGAACCCGUGCAGAGCAACAAUACGCUCCAUGUGCCCGACGUGAUUAGCCCCAGGGGAAGGUACACCAGGCAAAACAGCAAAACGAACGAAUCGCCUGGGAGCACAGGUCGAUACUCAAGACAGAACUCGAGGUCCAAAGAAGUUACGAUUGAGAAACCAGACAUUGUAAUUUCUCCAGAGGCCGCGUACACUGGGUGCUUUGCGAGGCAAACUGUGAGAUCCAGUAACAGCGAUAAACAGGAACCUUGCGUCAGGCAAAACGAUCAGGUGGAUAGUAGCUUGAAACGAAUACCCAUCAUCGAGAAAAUACGGUACGUAGGUAGAGCAAGUCCGUGCUCUCUAUUGGACACUCCUGAAUACGUUAAAGAUAACAAGUGCUCGUACAAGGUGAAUAACAGUUUGAAUGCCAAGUCGGGGGAGAAGUUAAACGACCACUCCCUGGUUGGCUACUCAAGAACGAAGCUGGAGAACAAGUUCAAGAUGUCGGACGCGAAAUCCGUUGGUUCCUACUUGAAGCAAAUUGGAAAAUCCGUCAAUGCGGUGGAGAAGGAAAACAAGGUCGACGGUCAGAACGACAGCGAGACCAGGAAAACAAGCGGCGACGCCUCCAAGACUUCGACGGGUUCUUAUCUGAGAAGGACGAAGAUUUCUCCCACAAAAGAGACGCCAAAGAAUGCGUUUUCUGCGCAGAAAAAAAGUCAAUCCGAAGCUGACACUUCGUUGCAAUCAAAAGUAACCGUAAGCCCCGGAGAAAUCGACGAACUUACGAACGACAGGGUAUCCAGGCAGGAAAGUAACGUCUCCGACAUUGGUAGUAUCUUAUCCCGACAAGGGAGUCUUACUGUAUUAGAUUGCACCGCGAAAAACAAGGACACGUACAAAGACUAUUCGCCUUACAACACCUUGAGGAAGGAGGACCUCCGUAGAGACAACAGUUUUCGCAAGAACGCCGAACUUCGCUACACGGACAGCCUGUAUUCGAACUCGAGCCUUUCCAAAAACGAAGAUUUCCUUAUUUACGAUGCGCAAAAUGAAGCUCACGUCGAUAACAAGAAAGACUGCACCGCGUCCAUCCAAGAUUGCACGAAGCUGGAGUCCAACGACUCACAGAAGCCUGUAAUCGACACAAAGUCAAUGUACGAUAACAAGUUGCCUAAUUCAUUGACGGAGUACAGCGGAUGUUACAAGAACGUGGAUCUAUGCAGGCAGGAUAGCUUCGGUACCGAUAGCGCAGUGGGUACCAUGAAGAGUGACUUUUUCGCGGACUUGGACUUCGUUCAAUUAAGAGACGGUAGGCAUACGCCUGAUCUGUGCCAUACUCCUGAACGAUGUUGCACGCCUAAUCGCGCGACCUCGCCGGUUGAGAGCACAGCUUUGUGAGAUUUCCACGUCGACGGAGCAUCGGAUUAACGUACUGCGUUCUUAACAGCGUUGGGCAGACUUUAAUCAAAGUAAUUGACGAUUACGAUUGCAGUGGGUGAUCGUCAGUUGUCGUACACGAUUGACAAACGAAUCAGAAGUAACCGUAAGUGACUUUUUGUUAUUAUUAUUAAGUAGUUUGCCUAUUAGUAUUGUCCUAUUAAUAUCGCAAUCACUUAUGACGAAUAAAUAUUCAAUUCGAUCAAUUCGAUUUCAAUUUUAACUUCGUCAUUUGAUUAAAAUCGAUCGCGAUUAUUCGUGGCAUUUAACUGAUUUAUCGUUUAUUCUAAUCGUUAUUCGCGAUUACUUCUGACGAUCGAAUUUUCAAUCGUGUGGCUUAAUCGAUCAAUUAAUCAAAUAAAGCUAGUCGACUGGUGUCCAGCUCUGGAUCAUAACGAAAACAAUCUCACCGUACUAAUUUGAUCUCUGUCUGUAACUUCUAAGAUCUGUCAAUUUAACUCGUAUAUCUAGUUUCUUUUAUCUUUUAACUUUUCUAACAAAGAAACCGUACGAGCACCACGUUGUGCGCUAGUUUCUCCUUGGAACGUGUUGCUAGUAUCGCGUGGUAAACGCGUAGAAAAAGUAUUAACAAUUUGACGUCCAGUAUUAAUGAAUCUCAUUGCUAUCGGUUCUCGUGGUUCUCAAAGUGUUUUGGAUACUACGUGUCAGCGGUGCGUUCGCAUUCCUGCAAUAUAUCUUGCCUCGUGGUUUUUUCUAAGCGGGAGUACGAGUAAUUAUAAGACUAACGAAAGCAUUCCAUCCAGAAUUAGGUCUGAUUGCACUCGGAAACGAUUAAAUUAACGCGUGCUUUUGGGAAAUGGAGCGGUGACACCGCGCCUAUAUCGAAGUUGAACGAUUCAGCGUUCUCUGGGAUGCUGUGGGGUCCGUUCGGUGCACCUCCAUUUUUUUUUUCUCAUUUUUGGGAAGUACGGGAUUAUAUUUCGAAGUUGUAAACAUUAUGUAGUCAGUUUGUAGAAUAGCGUGUAAAAAAAAAAAAUGAUAUCUUUUAUCGGAUAUAUAUGUACAUCGUACUGUAAAAUAUUAUCCACAUAUACGAUGGUGGUGUGCAUGUACAGGAUUAUCGACAUGUAUAAAUUUCAGAUACGUCAAUUAUAUCUUUGUUACGCUGUCUCGAAGACGGAACUUUGCCAAUUUGAUAUUAAUCUUCGUUUUAACGUUCGCGAUAUCGUGACUUCACUCGCAUCUGUUACUUUCUUUCGAUAUGUAAAUGGCAAAACGAAAUCUGCACCGUGUUUUUAUUUAUAUUCAUCGGUAAACGAUGCGCGCACUUAAUCUAGCAAAGAUAUAAAUGAUGACAAAAUAGUAUGAUGUGUAUAAUAUGAAGAAUGUACAUAUAGUUUUUGUAUAUAUAUUCCAACAUACGUCAUGUUCAAAACACUGUUUACAAAACAAUAUAUUUAACAGUAAAAAGCUUUAUAUUGAUAAUGUAGAGAUGAAAGUUCUUUUGAUACUAUUAAAAAGUUGUAUUUCUAUUCUAUUACAUUCUAAUUGUAAGUAAAACGUUCCCUAAUUUCAUCAGAGUAGAAUGAUUAAACGGAGUAUUGCAUUUGAACAAUACUUUACGAUGGAUUUAUGAUUUUGCUCCAAAGACAAGGAAAACACGACAAAUUUUUCUCUAUUAUACAAUUCAUUGAUAACUGUUUGCAAUCUAUGCUGCCUGCGUUAGAACGAACAAACAAAAAAAUUGGUUUGCUUUGUUGCCUAUGUUUUUUUGGUAUUAACGUCUUUCUUUGUAAUUUUGAAUUCGUAUCAUUAGGAACUUCGGAAUUCUUUUCCAUUGUACGAACGAAUUUUAUUAAUGUCCACGUUAUUGUUAUUAAAAUCAUUUGAGUUCAUUACACCAAAUAAAUGUUUAUUAUCUGUGAUAAAAAGUGUUUUGAAGCUGUCUAUAAUCGAAAACAUUUGUGGAGUAAAUUUAAUGAACUGUUACUAUGAGAGGAACACCGAUUUCUUACUGUUCAGUGUGUAUGGAGAAAAACAAUUACUUGCAGUACUAAAAAAACGAAUGUACUAAGAGAAGGAGGGUGAACAAAAUUCCUAAUGUUAUUUGAGAAGACAAUAUGUGCAAUAAACCAUUUUGCAAAUAACAUUUGUAGUCCAGAAACAAAUAAUCAUGGCUUAAAAAAUGGACGUGUGUGGAAAACGUUUUGAUCGAAUCGAAGUCAUAUAAAAACCCUUCGAACUUCAUAGUUGAAAGGCAAAUGUGUACCGUAAACUCUCGAAACAUUCUUAUCUGAGCGAAACAUUAUUAAUGUACUUUUUCCAUAGUUUCAUCUGAAAACAAAGUAAUUGUGCAAUAUCAUUUCAUAAAUGCAAUAUUGAUAAAGUAGUCGUUUAUUAUAAAAUUACAAUUUGGACUUUAAUUAAAAAAUGGCGAUUUCUAUGUACUCUGGGGAAUCCCCAAAGGUUUCCUUUGUUGAUUCCGAGCAUUGGUUUGUACUACUUCUGUCAGAACGUUGAAUGUUUCGAGCUUACGAAAAAUUUUCCACCGCGCAUGCCAGAUAUACACACGCAUUUAAUGAAUCUGCGUAACGAAUAACGAAUAACCGAACGAAUAGCGUAUGAAUAAGCGUACAUAUAACGCGGCAAAGGCGAGAACUCGUUUGUAAAACGUUUUCAGCGAACAGUAUUAGACUCGUUAUCGUUGCUUACUCAUGAAUAACGUAGUACACAAGUAGGAAACUUUAUAGACACGCGACGGGCACAAAAACGAACUCUGUAAACUUCUGUAAAGAGAAGAAAAGAAAAAGACCUCCGGAAUAUGACGGUAGACACAUUAUUUUUAUAGUCUCUGUAAAUUGUCACGCUCCUUCUGUUCCGACAUAUCGGAACAUAGGGAGCGUCCCAACUUGUCUUAACCGUUUGCAAAUUAUUUUUCUUCACUCAGACGAUAGGGGAGUUGGGGGGUUGAGGGGGGGGGGUUGAGAAACGGAACUAACGCAAUCAAAGCAUGCGACAUAUUUAGCGUAACACUUUGUUGAAAACGGUGAACAAAACAGAAAUUUUGUGAAGAUGUUCGACAGAGGAUUCGGCACCGAACGAUUGAACUUCAUUCAUAUUUUUUACGAGAAAAGGUUCUUCAGUGGGAAAUCAGUAAUAAUGAACAGCUCGAGUGGAAAAGUAAGAAUACAAGUCGACGAGAUAAACUAAUAAUUGAUAAUAAUAAAUUUUACGGCCUGAAUAAUCAACGAAGACUUGUGUUAUUAAUUAUAUACUAUGUUUAUUAUGGGAUAAUAUAAGAAAAUCAGUUUAAUAAAUAUACGUUUUAUAUGCGAUGUACUUAAAUUGCGAUCUAGUUUGUUUAUAUGUAAUUUAAUUGACUACUAAAGUAUUACCAAAUGUCACUCUUAACAUUCGUACAUUUCCCAUUGAGAAUCUGUUUCUUAGAUAUCGAAUGGAGACUGGGUUGACCGCACGUUGUUCUUUGCACGGCACAGUUGUUGAGGAACUAACGUAAAAUAAUUUUUUACAUGACAAAGAAGAAAUCUUCCCGACGUUUGCUCAAAAUUACUGCAGAAAUUGUAAACGAUAGAUCGUAUUCUUUAUUUUUCGUUGUGUGCUUCAGCACUUGUUACACUGGCUACGUUUCCGAAUCGUUUUUCGUGCUAAAAUUUAUGCGACUAGGGAACAAUCAUUUCUGUUUAACAUUCUAGUAAUACAGAGAAAAAAAUGUGAAAAAUAAAUGGUUGGAGUAUGAA